CCCACAUUUAUUUUAUGAAGUCCUGUAUGGUGUCAAUGAUAUUCAGAAGACACCCGGCGGGAAGUUUGUGUUCGCGAACGGCGACACGACUGGCUUUGGGUUCCACGGAGAUUUCAUGAACGGAUGGAACACGGCAACCCUUGCCAGUGCUGUUACUCAGUGUGUCAAUAAUGACAACAUAAAUGGCCAAAUAUCACUAUGUCCUCCUUUGGCUCGAUCUCAAACGCCGUACGCAAGUACAAACUGCCCAGAGAGACCAGCUCUCAUCAAUGAGCCGGUCCACGGCCUUAUUGCCAAGUUGCCUGGUUGUAACAACAUCACGAGCGGACCAGCUCGUGCACCACCUGGCGUGUGUGCGACACAGCCUGCGAUGAAUCCUAGACCUCAAAGCUCAGGCCAAACCACGACCAGCCCGGCCGUGGGGGACAAGCUAUCGGCAUCUUCGCCUUGGGCAUAUGCUGGCUGCGCGGCCGAGGGCAGCAGUCAGAGAACGUUGACCGGCUACAGCUUCUCGGCCAACAACAUGACCAUCGAUUACUGCACCGCAACUUGCAAGACUAAGGGCUACCCCAUUGCAGGUCUAGAGUACUCCCGGGAGUGCUACUGCGCAUCUGCACUUUCCACUGGCACUUCGUUCACGAACAGCGACACCUGCGCAUCGACGAGCAAGAUGAUAUGUGCGGGCAAUGCCACACAAUGGUGCGGAGGCCCUUCACUGUUGACCAUCUGGAAGGACACCUCCAUCUCUGCGACGCAGCCGACCACAAGUCCCGCCAAGGGAACCGUGGUCUACAACGGCUGCUACUCCGAGGUCAGUGGACGGCUCCUGAACAAGGACUCGUAUGCCAAUGCGACCGUCUCGGUCGAUCAGUGCGCGGCGUACUGCCAGGCCGGCAACUAUGCAUACAUAGGGGUCGAGUACGGCGGCGAGUGCUACUGCGGUAACACAGCGCCGCCCACGAGCCAGGCUGCGGCUGACUCGACAUGUAAUAUGCCCUGCAAGGGUAGCGUUGCGCAGGUCUGUGGUGGAAGCGGCCGCGUGUCUGUUUAUAACAACACACUUUACGCGCCUACGCGCAAUGUAGCGAAUGUCACCGUGAAUGGCAAUGUUGCAUACAACUACGUGGCUUGCUACAAGGAGGGCACGUCGGGACGAGCUCUCGAUAAGGGGGCGAGCACAUCGAGCCCGCAGAUGAGCGUAGAGACCUGCGCGUCGUUCUGCGCAGGGAAGGGGUACAAGUACAUGGGUGUCGAGUACGGGCAAGAGUGCUACUGCAAUAAUGAUGGUCUAAUCAACGGCGCGGUCAAGGCGGAUGAGGCGGACUGCGUAACUACUUGCAGGGGAAAUAAUACAGAGUGGUGUGGGGGCACUUCUAGGAUCAACAUUUACACACGCCCAUGAGGCCGGGGCUAGGGAUUGUGGGAAGUGACGGAAGUCUCUUAACGUGAAAGAGCUUCAACUUGUGACAAGGGAAUCGCUGAUGCGAUACGCCGACAAGGCUCAUGACUAUGAGAUUACGGGAUGGAAUACGUCUGGAACGUAGGUACGAUCGAUCAUGUGAAACGACAUAACACAACAUAACUUGCAAUGUUUAAUUAAAUUGAUCUAAA